GUCAAUCAUCAGCGACCACAGUAUCAAAAGCUUCAAAAAGCGUGAAGGUGAGGUGGUUGAAGUCUAGGGCGCUUCAAUAAUGAAUCCGGCAUUACAACCGGCUGACGCGUAAAUCAGUCAGUAAAAGGUCUAACCACUCUCAGACUGUUGUUCCUAGCCGGCUGAAAAUGUAUCGCAUUUUCCUAUUUCCUAUCGCACUGCUGGUGCCUUUGUGGACUCCAGCCUGUGGCAUAUCACUUUCCCCCGCAAACUGGACACAAGAAGAAUAUGACCGCUUGGAAAGAAUGUCGCUCAACCGCUAUGAGCGACCGAAGCCAUUGGCAGUUAGUGAAGGCAGAGGGAUGGUGGCAGGGACAACUGAACCUUUCGCUGUGCACUCGGGCAUGGAUGCUCUCAGGAAGGGUGGGAAUGCUAUGGAUGCUUGUUUGGCAACUGCACUUGCAGAAGUCACGCUGGCUACUGGUUCUUAUGUUUCGUACGCUGGUGUCACGCAAAUUCUAUACUACGAGAAGUCAUCCAAUAAGAUGUACAGUAUCAAUGGCGGCUGGAAUACCCCACUGAAAGGAGACCCGUCCCAGAUCCCCAAAGUUCACACUCCAGAAGCUAAUGGUGCGUCUGUUCUCGUCCCAGGUUUCAUUGCAGGGGUAGCUGACGCUGCAGCCAAAUUUGCAAAGUUUCCUCUCAGCACUUUGUUUGAGCCCGCGUUGUAUUUCGCUGAAAAUGGGUUUAAGAUGUCCGUUGGAAUGGCUUUCGCUAUCCAAAUGUACUACAACGACAUUACAUUGCUGAGAACAAGUGAAGGUGAAAAGAUUUUUACCAAUCCUGAGACUGGGAAACCAUACGUCUUUAACGAACUUUUCAAACAACCAGAACUAGCUGAAUUUAUACGAAGUGUGUCUGAGAACCCAAAGGAGUUCUUCUACAAUGGAACGUGGGCCGAGCAGAUGACGUCUCUGAUUAAAGAGGCUAAAGGUUUUAUUAGCUUAGAUGACAUGCACCGCUAUCAAUCGCAUUGGGAAGAGCCCUUCAAUACGUCAUACCAUGGAAACAAUGUAUAUACGUCUGGAAAUGACUACGGCGGAAGUGAACUAAUUGAAAAGCUGAAUCUGAUGGUAAUGGCGGAAAUUGGCCAAAAAUCUGGGUCUAACUACCUCACCAAUGCAACCGAAUUUUUCCGACUCGCCUCAAUCACUCGCUUUAGUUUCUUUGUUUCUGUUUUCUUGCACUCGACCCCUGAUGGCUUAUCGAUCUUGAAGGAUAAAUUUGGCCUUGAUUUCUCUAAUCGCCUCUCGAAAGGGUCUGCCGAAGCCAUUUGGGAGAGGAUCGGUUCCCCUGAAAAGAUGAAAGACGUCAAUGCCAUAAUUAAAAGACUGCUCGGUGGAGAGGAGGACAUAAAAGACUUUAUACAUGGGUCAGAUUCUGUAGUCGCAGCCGACAAGGAUGGAAAUGUUUGUUCCAUGAUUCACACCAUCAACAGUAAAAUGUGGGGAACAGGUCUUUUUGUGCAAGGAAUUGCUUUACCGCAUUCAGCUGCAAUAUUUAAGUCCUUCGUCAAGCAGACAGCUUCUGGGGGAAGGCUGUCAACGGGCCUUCAACCUGCUAUAGUAUUCAAGGGUGAGGAGUCAACCGGAAGCCAGCGACCAGUCAUGGCAUUGUCUGUUGUAGGAGAAUCAUAUCCCGUUGUGGUUCCACAAUACUUUACCAACCUCUUGGACAGCGGUAUGAAUCCUAAAGAAGCUAUGGAGUCCCCUACUUUUCUUUUGCCCAGCUUUUCAGAUUUUUUCCAAGCGGUUCCUAUAGAAGAGUUCUCAGUUGCCAACAACGUGUUGCAGGAAGUACGUAAGAUGGGACAAAACGUGACCGAGCUGGGGUACUUGAAGGCGUCUGGACCAAUAGGAUUAGGAGUGGCACUUACGAUAGAUGACAAUGGGCUCAUGUUUGGGUGCACUCACCCCUUGAGGAGAGGAUUGGCAGAAGGCGUUUAAACUCGAAUGCAGCCUUUUUUUCCUAUAGACUAACACUGUAGUUAAGAGACAUUUUGUGUCGGACUUUACGCCGGGAUGAAACUAGAAGCCUAGACGAGGAGGAUAAAUUCAUUUAAGCAGAAAGGGUACCAGACUAGCUCUAAUGUACUUAGUCAAGCUAAAACUCGCUGAAAGCAUUGCAGUGACAGUCUGUUUCAGUGCAUUACUUUGGCAAAAACAACAACAGUUGUUCGUAUUCACCUUACUACCCGACGGCUGUUUUUCUCGUUUUGUUCAGGAAUAUAGAUGAUAAUUUCGAAAAAUGAAAAUGUCAGUACAACACAUAGGGUUAAGUAGAAAUAAAAACUAUAUAUCACUACUGA